AAUUUCAUGAUAUUUAAACAGUUAGAAUACGUAUAAUUUCGCAUAAUUGGUUGUGCGUUUUUGUGCGACACGUGAAACAUUGCAUGUCUUAUUAAUUUUCUCAAUUGACGAUAUUACAUAAUAUCACUUCACUUUUGCAAGUUUAUUUCUCAAUUUCUUUCGUAUUGUAUUAAGCAUCCGAAUAACAAGCAGCUCUUAUAAUGCUAACAUUUCUUCUCGUUUUAAUUUCAUUUCAACAAAUUACUUGUAAAAAUAUUUUAUAUGUUGAUUUGGUUCCAUCACCAAGCCAUCAUGGAUGGAAUGAAGUUCUAAUUGAAGGCUUAUUAAGUAGAAACCAUAAUGUUACAAUGAUUGGAUAUUAUGAUUCAAAAAUAAAACAUCCCAAUUAUGAAGUUUUACAAAUCGAUAUUAAACCAUUUACUCACAGUGUUGAUGCAGCAUUCCAACAAAUGUCAGCUUCUGGUUCUGCAAAUCAUUUUGGAUUACCCCCAGUUGUUGCUGUUACCGCUUUUGGAAUGUAUUCUUACAUUAAUGAUGUUAUGGGGCAAACAACCGAAAAUUAUAUUCCAUACUUCGCUUUACCAUACUCAGAUCAUAUGAAUUUUUUUGAAAGAAUACACAGUUCAUUUUAUUUAACCAUGGAAAGCAUAAUAAGACUAAAUAAUUUGAAGAAUUUAAAUGAUAUUUCUAAAGAAACUUUUGGACCAAAAUCUAGAAGCAUUGAAGAUUUAUUUAAAGAAAUUUCUUUAAUGUUUCCCAACGAUCAUCCAAUUUUGGAUUACCCCAAACCAACAGCGCCGAAUGUUAUUCCAAUCGGUGGUGUUCAAGUUAAACCACCAAAAAAACUUGAUAAGGAUUUGCAAAAAAUUUUAGACGAUUCCAAACAAGGAGUAAUUUUCGUAUCUUUAGGUUCAAACUUUGUACCAAAAUAUUACGGAAAACAUGCUAUAAAAUCUUUUAAAGAAUCGUUCUCAAAACUAAAUCAAACCAUUCUUUGGAAAUUUGACGAUGAUGAUCUUCCUAAAAAUGUUAUUACUCGAAAAUGGUUCUCUCAAACCGAUAUUUUAGCGCAUCCAAACACGAAGCUUUUUAUAACUCAUUGCGGUGGACUAAGUACGCAAGAGACUAUAAUUAGGGGUGUUCCAGUUAUUGGAAUACCGUUAUUUUUUGAUCAAUAUAGUCAAGCUGGAAAGAUUCAAUCGAUUAAUGGAGGUGUAGUUCUAAAGUAUUGGGAAUUAACGACGGAGAAUGUUUAUAAUUCUAUUUUGGAAGUGUUGUCUAAUCCUGUGUACAAAAAUAAUAUGAAACGAUUAUCUACAUUGUAUAAUGAACAACCAGAAAAUCAAUUGGAAAAGUUUUUACUUUGGGUUGAUUACGUGCUUAAACAUGGGCAUUUAAAUCAUUUAUCUCUUGGAAGUAGAGAAAUGAGAUGGUAUCAAGUAAAUAAUUGGGACCAUCCGAAUAAAAAGUAG